GGCUGCUUGACAUCAUCGGGACGAGCAUUGGAUUACAGCAGGCAGAGACUCACCCGGCGGGGAGCAGAACACGCCCCUCGGCCCCACAAGUGCAACUUCAUUUAGCAGCUCCCAGCACAAGGAAGCCGCGAGUCUGGAGCUGGCUGCGGCCAACCUGGCUGGCGGGGCGCGUUUCCAGCCCCGAUCCCUCCGGCAGCAGCGGGGCUUUGGGACUCGAGUAGCAGCUGGAGGCAUCGUGCCCAAACCACUGUCCUGCUGUGUAUGAAGCUUGUCUGAAGUCAUGUCCAGAAGGAAAGUCAACUAAACCAGAAUUUUGGAUGUGCAUAGAAAUUCAAUGGAGGUAGAGUCCAGCACGUACACUGACUUUAUUUCCUGCGAUCGGGCUGGCCGGAGGAACGCUGUCCACGACAUCCAGCGAGAUGCAACCACCAUCAGCAUGCGCAAACUGACUGAGGACAUCAGUGACCUCACUGUCGAAGGGGCAGACAGCGAAGCACCUAGCACCUCUUCUGAGAGCGACCCUGGAGCACGACCAAAGGAGCAAGAAAACAAACCCUCUCCAUGACAGCGUGCAGGGGGCGGGAUGGGGCAGCAGGAGGGACUUGCUGUGAAUGUUAAACGAGAAUUUGCUAUUGAAUUUGUGGACAAAAGCCAACCUGGACCAGGCAGCUGUCUGUCAAAUGCCUCUGCAGCAGCCAUUUUGUUUAGAGCACCGCAAGAUGCUGCACAAGGACUGGCACCUCCGAAAGACUUCUGCUCGCAUCCUUAAUGAUUUAGAGCAACACUGCAGCGUUUGUAGUGAUAUGAGCCAUUCUCAAGAUGCCUUAGCUGCAAUUUUCCCCUAUGGGAAAAAGCGAUUUCAGUAAUAAUAUACACACCAGACUUUCCUGUCCAAGGUACCUUCCCAUUAUUGCAAAUUUAGCCUAUUAUUUAUUCUGUUUCCAUAUAUUAGAAGUUUAGACAAUUGGUUUUUCCACGCACUGCCCUCAUCCUGCAUUUCACAGCUGAGCUGGCCUCCAGACCGCCCAUGGGGCCGCUCACCAGGGCAGGCAGCGCGGGGGGGGGGGGUUGUCCGGUCUCGUGCAUCCAUGGCCAGCCCCGUGCAGCCCCACUGCUGCUGCUCAGCACCAGGAAAGGACCAAAGCACAGCCCCGUGUGGACAAGCUCCACCGACAGGCCCAGCAGCAUCAGCCACAGGCAUCUUUUUCUUUGGGUUUUAGCAUUUUAAGGUAUUGUUAAGGGGAGGGGAGAAAUAUUUUGCUGUUUUGACUGUUGAAAUUCAGGCUUAACUUUGCAAGCUGUCAGCUGAGAUUAUCUCCAGUAGGAUCUCACACCGUUCUCUCUUUUAGGAGACAUGUUUUGUGUUAAAGAUGGUUUGAUAAAACUAUAUAAGCUGUUGGAAUAAAUAACACAGCCUUCAAGUACC